UAAUAUAUAUGGGUGUUAUUCAUGAGCUUAUACACAUGUACACGAAUGUAUUCCGACCAAUUAGCAAGUUACAUAAUUAAACAUUGCAAUUUAUUGUAGAGCCUGCGUUUAAAACUAACACAACAAGUUAAAAUAUUUUUUCCUAUACUAGAAAACUGGUAUAAAAUAGCUCGUCGGAAAUACUUAUUAUACAACCAUGGUGAAGAAGCGGUUGAUAGAAGUGGUUACAAUCAGCGUCGAUGACAAGCUUGAUCAGAACGGAGCUUUGAGAAACGUCGCUGUGAAGGACGCAUGGCAAAGACUCAGGCAAAAAAUCGACGUGGAGGAAUGGAAAGCGGCGGAGAAAGUCUUAAAUGAGCUCACAAUGAACCUGCAGAAGAUCAACAUGUACAAGUCAGUCUCGGGCGCAUGUGGCAAGCUAAGGAACGCUUUGCAGAACCCGGAGCAGCUGGUUGACGAAGCCGAGUUCCUGAGCGCCACUCCAACUCCCCGGGACAGAGGGGACAGCCCGCAAGCACUUCAGGCUGCAAGUGAUUUAAAGAAGACCAAAGACGAACUGUCCCAGUUCUGUUCUUGUUUAGAGAAGAUCAAGGCUAGUCUGGAGAAAGACAACCAAUUACAAGACAAGAUUGAGCCUCCGCCAGGUGUCGCCCCUGACAUUGCAGGGAGUUACAAAGCACUGGCUUUCAUAUGUGACAGAUGUCAAAGGGGCCUAAGGGAAAUUGACCAUCUGAAAAAAAGAGUAGACAACUGUGAGGCAAGAAGUAAAGAACUAGAGAAACAUAUUGACGAGAAAGAGGAGGCCAUUGACAAACUGACAAAAACUGUGAAUACCCUUGAGAAAAAGCAUAGCACUGUCAAAGAAGGCAAGAUCGACAACAUAAAGGAACAAAUGAAAAUGAAGAGUCUAGAGAAGCAAGUUGAAGCUAAGGUCGCUGAAGUGAACAAGAUAAGAGCGGAAAAUGCAAAUCUUAAUAAGAGGUUAAACGAAAUCAAAGAGCAGAUGGGUUCCGAGCUAGCAGAUAUGUACAAUACCCAUCCCCCAGCUAGAAUUGCUGACCUGUAUAGAGAGCUGUUCGCAGGCGGCAGGAAUGACGCCUUCCAAUUUUACAAGACGUCUAUGAGCCUUACUGCCAAAGAUGCCGCCGUGAAAACAAUGGCUGUUUUGCAAGACGCAUUUUCAUUCUGUGAAGAAGCAAGUAAACUUCAAUUUGGACUGGUGUUAAACAGUUUGAUUACUCCUACUGAGAGUUUCGAUGGAAAACAGCCUCCCCACAAGGUGGAUGACAAUGAUAUGAGCCAGAUCCAGAAUGUUCGGAAACAGACCAGUCGCCUAUCAUGCGAACAUGUUAAAAACGCAUUUGUCACAAAGCUGGAAUCAUCAGGUGACACAUACAGUAUGGACGAACUGACGGGUUGCAUGGCGUUCAUAGAGCAGUGUGUGGAGCUGUGCUGGUACAUGUGCAUGCAGACACCUCCACUCUUUAUAGGAUUCUCCGACAACAUGAAGCAGGAUAUCGCAGUGGAUAAAACCAAGUAUGAAAUAGCGUCUGGGAAAGGGGCCAAGGUGGACUUUGUACUGUGGCCGCCACUUUAUGGACAAAAGGAUGGAGAUGUUAUCAGCAAGGGUGUUAUUCAAACAAAGUAGAAGUUGUGUUAUCUAUUAAAUAUGGUGUGCAUAGAACUGGGAUGGAAAUUUUAUGCGAUGUAUUCAUGUAAGGUGUGCGCUUUCUUGGAUUUUACCAGAAUCGAAGAUGUAUUAUAGAAGACGUCAGAGAUAUACUAACGAUUUAAGAUUCCAAUACACUCAAGUCCACUUUCAUGUCACCUGAAUCUUGUAAUUGUUCUAUGAUUUAUAUUAUAAUGCUAUGUGAAAACAUUACGCGAUGUAGUUUUAAAAUACUAUGCUACAAUGUUUUACCUUUUUAGACA